AUGAAUGAGAACGGAGCAUUGACAAAGCGUAUUGUAAAGGAAAGCGCACGAUUGCAGCAAGAACCAGUGCCAGGUAUAAUCGCAGCACCCGAUGAAAACAAUGCUCGUUACUUCAAAGUCGUUAUCGACGGUCCGAGCGAGAGCCCCUAUGAGGGUGGCAAAUUCAAAGUGGAAUUGUUUUUACCAGAUGAAUAUCCAAUGGCACCACCAAAAGUCCGAUUUAUGACAAAACUUUACCAUCCAAAUAUUGAUAAACUAGGUCGUAUAUGUUUAGACAUUCUCAAAGAGAAGUGGAGUCCAGCUUUGCAAAUUCGUACUGUUCUUCUUUCGAUCCAAGCUUUGUUAAGUGCGCCGAACCCGGAUGAUUUUCUGGAUGCUGAUGUCGCCGAAAAAUGGAAGGCAGAUGAAAAAGGAGCAAAAGCAAUAGCUCGUGAUUGGACGGAAAAGUAUGCCCAUGAAACUUAG